AACUAAAUACUUGGAUUACUUGGUCUUUGAGAAAAAUUAAAAACUGAGAAGGUAAAUAAGUAAUUUGUAAUGAAAAUGUCUUUAUUCAUAUAAUAUUACAUAAUUUCUAAAGUAUGCUGUGGGUGGAGUGUUAUUUAGGUUCAUAAUUACAAUUAAUUCUGUAACGGAGGAGUUUAUAAAGAUAUUUAGUUAAUUUAUGUAACUGAAAAUGUAAAACGUACCAAGAAAUGAGCUUAAAAGGAAUAAAAUUAGUCACUUUCGACGCAACUAACACUCUACUGAAGUUUCGAGUACCGCCGUGGCAGCACUACGCAGUCGUCGCUAGAGACCACGGGUUCACCGGCACGGCCGAUGACUUGAAGCACCGCCUGUUGGACAGCUACAAAAACACCUGGACCAAAUAUCCCAAUUUCGGCAAGUGCAAAAUAAAUUGGGAUCAAUGGUGGACGACAGUAGUGAAGAUGACCUUCGAUGGACUGCUACCAAUGAACACUGACAUAGAACACAUUGCCAGCAGGCUAAUAGAGGAAUUCUCUUCAACAAAAUGCUGGCGUGCAGUAGACGGCAGUAAUAAACUUAUUCAGACACUUCAAGAUAAUGGCUUCAUCCUGGGGGUCAUCUCUAACUUCGAUCCACGCCUUACCAUUAUACUCAAGAGUGUAAAAAUGAAUGAAAAAUUCGAUUUUAUUUUAACUUCAUAUGAAAGUGGUUACAGCAAACCUGAUGUAAAAAUAUUUAAAUAUGCCUUAGAAAUGUGUGAAAAAUGUACAGGGAAGAUAGUGAAGCCAUCAGAGUCACUUCACAUUGGGGAUGAUAUUGAGAAGGAUUACCAUGGGGCGAGGGCUGCCGGCUGGCAUGCUCUACUUAUAUCACAAAAUAUAAAAUCUGAGACACCACCAGCUCUCAAUCAUGUGUUCAAAAAUUUAGAGGAAUUAGGAAAAGCAAUACAAAAUAAAACAAUUCAUCUAUAAACAUUUUUAUUGCACGUUAAACACAACACUAAAAACAAUAAACUGGUUGGUAAUUAUUUAUUUUACAGUUGAAAUAGAAUUUUGUUUUGGAGAUGUAGGUGAAUUGUAAUAAGUACAUUUAUUCUAUGUUACAUUAUUAUUGUAUAUUUGUAACAAUUCUGUUAAUUAAAUUAGCUAUUUAUUGAAA